AUGUACAGGAGGAUAAUCAGACAAUCUUAUAAUGAACAAACUCUAUCAGAACUAAUAUCAUGUCUUCAUGACGAACCAGAAUUGACCGAAUUAACUCAUCCUAAAAAUGGUUCUUAUCUCCAUUUAAUUAUUGAACGUUGUGAUUCAACAGACGAUGUAUCAUAUCGUAUGAUAUAUGCGGUGAGUAAUGCUGGAGUAAAUCCGAAUGUAACAAAUGUUCGUGGGAAUACACCUCUUCACGAGGCAUUGAUUCGUGGCUAUUUGGAUGUUGGAGGAGAUGUAAUACAGGCUUUAUUUCGUAUUGGUGUCGAUCCACGUAUAAAAAACAAAGAACAAAAGACAGCAGACUGGUAUUUGGAAGAUAAUACACAGUUAGUGUCUCUUUAUGAAGCAUACGGUCAAGGAAUAUGGGCAGCUAUCGAAGAAAAUAAUUUCAAACUAGCAGAAAAACUUAUCAAAGGUUUUAUAAAAGUUGAUUGUAAACAUGUUUCAAGUUCAAACACAUUGUUAGAAAAAGCUCAAGAAUUAAAAAAUCUUCAAUUAAUUAAUCUGUUAUCUGAAUAUCAAGUAACAAAUGAAUUUGUUCAUUCAAUAUUGGCUAAUGAUUUUGAUCGUAUGUUACUAAUUCAUAAAUAUCAAUUUCAAUUUAUUAAAGUAAAUGCAUAUGAUUCUCUCUUAACUCGAACAUGGUAUACGACAUCCAACAGAACCAUACCACGUUCACUACUCGAAGUCGCUUUGCAAACACAAUCACCGAUACCUGUCACACCAUUACUCGAAUUAAAGGCUGAUGUCAAUGUAUUAGGAAGUGAUGGUUAUCCACUAUUUUUUCAUGCAUUUGCCAAAUCAAUGACAACAAUUCGAACAAACAUAUUAGAACAUGCAAGAAUUAAUACAAAAAGUUUUAAAGGAGAAACAAUAUUAUUUUAUCUAAUACAUCUGGCUUGUAAGGAUAAGUAUUCUAUUCAAAAUGAUUCUUACUUUCGUGAUAUUAUUUGUCAGCAUCCACUGCUGUUAGCUGAUCGAAAUGAAAGUGGGCGAACUAUUAUUGAUGAAAUUGAAUUGACCCCCGCUCCAUGGUAUGAUAAAUUGAAAGUAUUUCGUCGUACAAUUGAUGAUUGUUUGUUUGAUUUGAUGAAAGAAAAAUUGGUUAUUGAAAAAUUGCUGCUUGCCGGUUUUGGAUGUCACUUACUGUUGGUUCGAAGCAGCGCAACGAAUAGUGAAACAUUAUUACAACGAGCAGAAUAUUUGGGUUUGAAGAAUGUUGUUGAAUGUCUAAACACAUUACCAAAAUAUGGUUUAUCAGCAAUGAUAACUGAUUUACGACAAGCAGUUCGAAUGGAUGAUCUGACGAGAAUACAAGAUCUAUUCUCUGUCAAAGAUAAUAUACAUUAUUCUAAAGAUUGGAAUGGUAGAACAAUUGCUCAUUUAGCAAUUCUUUAUAAAAGGCCUACGAUACUUCAGUAUAUUGGCGAUAAUCGUAGUGUUACAUUCAGUUUAAAAGAUAAUUUGCAUCGUACUCCACUUCAUUAUGCUUAUAUAAUGAAUGACAAAGUAUCAAUCAAUAUUUUACAACGGGCUGGGACAAAAAAAUUUCGUGAUUGUAAAUAUUUAUAUCCUGAAGAUUAUUUAGCCAAAGAUGUAUGUAGUGAUGAGUUUCAUUCAUCUGGUUUUGUUAACGGUGAUGAAUUAGAACGUCGGUAUGGUAUAGGUGAUUAUGUUAAAGUUGCAUAUUAUGAAACAAUAAAAACAGCGAUCGAAACAAAUAACGUUGAGCAACUGAAAAUGAUGAAUUCAGAAUUGGAACAAUUCGGCUUCACUAUCAACGAUUUUAAUCCGAUGUCAUAUAUAAAAGAUUGGAUUCGCGGACAGCGAUAUGUUCCACCGUUAUUUAUUGGUCUUGAGGCACGAUCAUUAGCAUCACUGUAUUGCCUAUUAGAAAUGGGCACUGUACCAACUGGAAAUAUGUAUGUACUUGAUAAUGACUACGGCGCAGGUGUCAGUAGCGGCGUUUCUUCAUCGUCUCAUCAAUCUCGCUGUAUAUCAUUGCGUGGCCGAGCAGAAGAAUUAGAAUGUUUUGAUAUCGUCGGGAUGUUUAACGAUUUAGAAGAUGAUAGUGAACUCAAAGCGGUUUUGAAACGUCAAUUACCGCCGUCAUCAAGAGCAAGUACGAAUUCCGAUUAUGAUGUAGACGAACAAAAAAAAAAUCCAUCAACAACGUUAACAUUACAAUAUUUAAAUACUUAUAAAUUACCAAAGCGAAAACGAACACCAGGACAAGGACAGAUUUCACAACGACAGACGCAAACAGCACAAAAUGAACAUCAAAAAUCACAAGCUUGUAUUAUACUAUGA